CUGCGAUCAAGAUUUGCUUACCGCCGGAGAGCUGGCCUGCACAAGGUUUUGAAGAUCACUACUAAGCACGUCACAAACACGAUAAAUCCCGCUAUCGUCGUCAAUAUCAACGAGCGGAAACCCGUGGGCGCAGUAGACUCAACGUGUUCCCUUGCGGAGGCCAAAGUGCUGUGGUAUCUGAGGUUAUCCCGCCUUUUCGGCUGCCUCUUCAUCAGCAACCUGAGCGGCAAGACGUUAAGUAACGCAGUCGCGACGUGGAAGACUCCGUACGUAAUCUACGCAGCCCUUUGGCUUUGGAUCGCUUUCGUACACCGGGGAAUCCAUAUGUUGUCAAUCACGAGCCUUGGCUUUAGUGAUUACGUUACGCUAGCGUUCCGAGUGUUCCUCCUUCUGAAGGUGCUUGUCAACUACGCCAGUUUUUGCUUGGGAUCGGCGAAGCUGCUCGACUUCCUGCAGAGUGCGACAGCGUUCGAGAAGACGACCUCGUUUACGCCGACAGCAAGAAAGAAGUCCUGAAAUGAGUCGCAUGUUGUUCAACGUCACACUGAGGGCCACACUUUGGAUUUGCUUCCUGUGCUCGUUCCACGCCGCUAGACUGAAAACUCCGGGACGCCUUUCACUUCUGAAGUACCUGCCCGGCGGUCGCGAAGCCGUGGUCUUCUGCGGCGAGGUCGGGUUCUUCUUCUACGACAUGCUCGUGUACGGCGUCGUAACGCGAUGCUCAGAAGUCCUCGUCCAGUACUUGAAACGUGAGGUGGCAAGACUGGAAGUUUGCUACUUGAACGAGAGGUCGUCAGAGGCCGUUGGACAGUCCAGCCCUGCGUGGACGGUCGCCAUAGUCCGAGGGAACGUCUGCAAGAUAAAAGCCCUCAAAGCGAGCCUCAACGACCUGUGCGGCCCAAGCAUUGUGAUAUCCACGGCCUGUUUGCUCAUGUACAGCUGCGUGAACAUGUACAGGUAUUUUAUACUCAAUCAGAGCCAAGUGCAUCUCUGGUUGCCCCUGGUUUAUAUGACCUACUGCGCAUUCUGUUUGGCCGACAUGGCUUUCGUGAGCGAGGACCUGGGAAGAGAGGCUAUAAAAUUGAAGGACACCGCUAAGGGAUUGGCCAUCGAACAUCCAACUAACGAGUACCUCAUACAGGUGCGUUAUCUGCACAACAUCAUCGAACCAGAGGACAUGUGUUUAACCGGAGGAAACUUCUUCCGCCUUGACAGUGGGCUUCUUGUUACGGUUACCGGAGCGGUAAUAACAUUCGGGGUAAUACUGGUGCAGACUGGAAGGGACCUGUCACACCAGUCCGACCUGAGCCAAGGCAACGUCUCAACAUUUACCGAGGGGCAAUCCGAGAGUUUUAAUUGCACGUAAGAGGAUAUGUUCCUGAUAGCCAAUAAAAUGCUUGGAGCGCCGAA